GCAGCAGCGGCUCAUGAAUGGGCUCCGGAGUGGGAGGACCCGUCAUCUGACUUUUUCAAGCAGGAAAAACGACGAUAGCGGGGUCAGCGCAUAACCCGGCCAGCAGCAGCAGCUGGGAAGCUCCAGCCUCGCCUCAGCUCAGUCAGCCCGCAGCCGGGGACUGGAGACAUGGGGUUCCGCAAGAAGAACAAGAGCCCGCCGGUGCUGAGCCACGAGUUUGUGAUCCAGAAUCAUGCCGAUAUGGUUUCGUGUCUGGCCAUGGUUAUCCUGCUCGGCCUGAUGUUUGAGGUCACUGCAAAGUUUGCUAUCAUGUUCAUCACAGUCCAAUACAACGUAACUCAAGUUCUAGAUGAGAAAAGUGAACCUGUGAACCUUUACCAGUAUGGUCCUAAAGAUGUGGCAACUGUGUUUUUCUACCUGCUCAUAGCAGUCAUCCUUCACGCCUUGAUACAAGAAUAUAUUCUGGAUAAAAUUAAUAGGAGGCUGCAUUUGUCAAAAACCAAACACAGCAAGUUCAACGAGUCUGGACAGCUGGCAGCGUUCUACCUGUUCUCCUUCGUCUGGGGCUGCAGCAUUCUCCUGGCGGAGGACUUUGCAACCAAUCCUACUUUCUUAUGGGAGGGUUAUCCACACACUCGCAUGGUUUUUCAGGUCAAGUUCUUCUAUAUUUGCCAAAUUGCCUACUGGCUCCACGCACUUCCUGAGCUGUACUUUCAAAAAGUGCGAAAGGAAGACAUCCCCCGCCAACUUUAUUACAUCUGCCUUUACAUUGUCCACAUCACUGGUGCCUAUGUCUUAAACCUCCACCAACUGGGCCUGGUGUUGCUGGUCCCUCACUACCUGGUGGAGCUGUUGUUCCAUGCUUCACGCCUCUUCUACUUCAGUGACGAGAACAAGCAAAAAGGUUUUACUCUGUGGGCGCUCCUUUUUGUCAUCACCCGCCUCCUCACCCUCACACUUUCUGUCCUGACAUUUGGCUUCGGCCUGUCGCGCACAGAAAACCACGGCUUUUCCUUAGCAGACGGAAACUUCAACGUGCUCACAGUAAGGAUGACCUGUCUGGCAGCAAUCUGCCUGACACAAGCCUGGAUGAUGUGGAAAUUCAUUAACUUCCAGUUGAAGAAGUGGAGAGAACACAGCCAGAACCAAGCGUCAAAGAAGAAGGCAGUCAGCCCAAAGAGCAAGCCUCAUAAACGGGAGCCAUCAAGGGGAGGGGCUGCCAAUGGAGUUGUCAAGUGUGAGGAUAAAACAUCACCGCGUGCGAGAAAAACCAAAGCUUCAUGAGAGUGAAGGAGUUGGAGGUGAUGAAAGAGUACAAGGGUUUUGACAGUGUGACAUUAUGUCUUUACGCAACAUCCAGUUUCGUCUGCUGCUCUCAAAAGCAGAAAAAUUUAAGCGCACUAAGAAACCUUACAUAACAGUCCCUUUGGGGUUCCAACCGCAUUCUGAAGCGGUUCAGUGUUGCUGUCUGUUAGAAUUGUUAAUUAUUUAUUUAGGUCUGCUGCAGUCAGGAUGUUGGAAGGACAGUGCUGGUUUUGAUGCUUUAACAGGAUAAAUGUAGUUCUUUAAAGUGUCCUUUUGUGUGGAGGUAUGAUCAAUUUGUCGGGUACCUUGAUUUAAGUUGCUCUUCAGUUAUUGAACAUAGAUUCAUUCACUACACAGUACCUUUUAAAAAAAAAAAUAAGUCACUUUUGACUUCAGGGCAAGUUCAUCAUGUAGACAUUAAAUGUGCAGGGUGCCAUUUUCAGUUUGGGCCUUAUUUGGUGUUCUACUGUCUUCAGGAGAAGACCCCAAAUGAAUUAUUCUGGAGGGAUAUUAGCGAUCCACGGUGAAGCAGCACUGAGCAGUGAAGCUUGUGUUUUUUAUCUCCUCGAUUUAUUGCUGUUAUUUAACAGCCUCUGCCAUUGAAGUCCAGUGUGUUGCAGGACUGAGGCAAUGUUGUGUCUUGGAUUGCUGUCUGUCACUGCCGAGUCAUCAGUUUGUUACAGAGGCCCCCGGGGUUAGGAGCAUACUGUAACUUUUGAAUCUGUAUCGUUUGCGUAUACUUGGAACACUAAAGCUCAACAGUGGCUUGAUUGAAUAUUUUUAUUCUUAAGAAACCGUGAUCCUGGUCUUGCAUUUAAGUGUUUUCUGUGAUAGUGCAUGAUUGAUUGAGGCUGAAGACUUUAGGGUUAGUCCAUGUGUGUGCAUCUCUCACACAUGACCACAAACACACAAACGUUCAGUGGCCUUUUUACAACUGCUGCAAGAGGUUUUAGUUAUUUAUUUAUCAUAUACUACAGAUGGCUAUUAUUUUAUACGCUUUGAAAAGCUAUAACCAGCAAACACAGCGAUACAUUGCAACUAUAUUAAGUUAAUCCAAACAAUACAAUCUUUAUCAAGUGUCCUUAAAACAUUGGUGGAUUAUAUCACACAUUCUGCUUGUGUUGGGUUCUGUUUGCCUUCUCUGGCUGUUUUAUUCUCGGGUAUCAGGGGUUGAAAUUGUCAUGAGUCCUGGUAGAACUGGGCAAAUUUAUGAAGGACUCUGUAUGCUUGUGCACUUGUUAAUGCGUGUAGAGUAAUGUUUAGCUGACCGUGUGUGUGUGUGUGUUUGUGAAUUAACUGGGCAAUGAUGAUGCCAACAACAAAAAAAUGCUUGUGUGCAGAGCAUGAAAAGUGACAAUCUGUUUAUUGGCUCCUGUUGGUUGUGUUUUAUAUUCACAUGCUGUUAUUUGUUUUGGCUGGGUUCAUCCCAGUUCCCGACAUGCUUCUGUGUGUAAAACCCUGACUGCUUGUGGAUAGGUGUAUGCUCUGGAGAUUAUUGGUUACCAAACGCUUCUGUGUUUUAUGUCUCUUCCCCCUGUGUGUUACCCGAGUGAGACUGUUUGCCAAAAGCAGCACGUCCUGUCCUCCCUGCUUCACCUUUUCAAUGAUCCUGACAGUGCUACGGAGCACGUGUAUUGAACCGCUGGUCAUACUCCAUGUCGCGGACAAAGCUCAGCUCUGAUACUAAACCACUGUGGAGGAGACACUGUGUACAGAAAAGACUGCGUGACCUGUGUGCCGACAGUUGGAGAUUGGCAUCAUAGUCCGGAUUAGAGAGGAAAUGAGGAAAUGUUCUUCUUUUUUUUUCUCCUCCCUUUCCCUCUGUGGUCUCUUUGGACCUCUGCUUGUGUAUGGCAUUGUCAAAGGAGGAAAGAUAGAACAUAAGACUAAUGUACCAGCCUCUUAAUAAACUGUCUCAGAAGUAAAAAAAAA